AUGUCCUCAAUAGAGAAUGGAAUUAAAAGUUGUGCUACUCACUAGUUAGAAAUUCUAGCAAUUGAUCUUAAAGCUCCUAAAGAAAAGAAAGAAAAAUUCUUAUGUGUAAAAUGUUUAAUUUAAAGAAUUGAUGGAAAUUAUAUAGUACUAUUAAAUGAAGGUCUUGAGAUGAUUAAGGAAAUGAAAAAUAAAUGUAAAUAAUAAUCAAUGGAUAAUACUUAAAAAACACUGAAUAACAUCAAAAGUCUUUAAUCCUCUGUCUUAGAAAUAAAUAAACUAUUUUCAGAUGUUUUUGGUAAGUUACAAAACAACUUUGAUGAAAAUAUCAAUUAAAAUUAAUAAGAAAUCGAAUGUAAAGAAAAGACUACAGAGGAAUUAGAUUUUGAUGAAGAUUUUGAAACUCUAUCAAAUAAUUAUAAAGGAAAUUUUGAUUAUGAAACUCCAAAAUAAAAAGUUGAUAUAGAAAGCUUCAAAUCAUUAAUGGAUAGUAUUUAAGGUUAAUUAUCUUGGAUGGCUAAUGCAGAACAAUUCUCUUAAAUAUUUGAAUCAAUAAAAUCUAUAAAAUCUUAAUAUUAAAUUGAAUAACCAGUACUUAAAAAAGAAGUAGAAAAACAUGUAAUUAUUCUUUAUUAUACAUUAGAAAACCCUAAGUUUAAGUUAAACAUGCAAACAGAAUGAUCAUGGUUUAGAAAUAAUUAUGAUAUAUCUUAAUGAAAAUGAACCAGAUAAAAGUGGUUUAGCUUGUUCAAGAUGUAUUUAGUAAUUUCCAAAAAGAGAAUAUAUUACAUUGGAAGAUUCAAAUAUAAAAUGGAAGGAAUUCAAUAGGUAAUAAAAUUAAAUGAUUACUAAAUAUAAUAAUAAUAGAUUUGCUAAAUUUAAUUCUGCAAUCAAAUCUAUUUAGUAAUUAAAGGAAAUCUAUAAUUAAACUUUAUCUGAUAUCAUUUUAUAAUUAGAAAGAAAGAGAGUUUUAAAUAAAGAUAUGCAGUAAGCUAAUCAAAAUAUAGUUGAAGAGAUAUAUGAUUUAAAUGAAUAAGAAAUCAUAAGAGUUGUUGAAAUUCUUAGUUAGAUAGAUAAACAUUAAAAAUUAAAAAAGGAAUAAGAAGAAUAAGAUUAAAUUGAUUCAAUUUUUUAUUAAAAUCUUAAGUAAAAUUUAGAAAAUCUUAUCUAAUAUGAUGUGCUUACAAAACAUAAUUUAUUGAGAAUUCAAAAUUCAAAUUACUUAAAAUAAAAAAAUGAAGAGGAAAUCAUUUAAGUUAAAGAAAACUGUCAUACUCCAGAUAUCAAUUUUUUCAUCAAGAAAUUUGAAUUAUAGGAUGAAUAUAUAUCCAUACUUGAUGAUGCAUUUAAUUUUUCUAAGAUGUUAUAAUAAGAAGUAGAUGAUUUAUAAUAAAAAGGUACGUUAUCUUAAUUAUUCAAUUCAGAAUAAGAAACUCAAUCAUAAAUAAUAUAAAAAUAAUAUGAAACAUUUUAAUAAAAUUAGAAUAGAAUGAAAACUUUUAUCAUGGCAGAAGAAAAUCUAAAGUAAUUGUCAACUCUAUAAGAUGAACUAAAUUAAAAUAAAUAAUAAUAAUUAACUGUUUAAACAUAAUUAGAUGAAUCCAAUUAAAAAAUUGAAACUUUAAAUGCUAAUAUAGAGUAAUUAAAUUAAGAAAUUUUAAAGUUUUAAUAAGAAGUUUCUAAUAAAGACGAAGCUAAUAAAUAAAUUGAAACUUUAAAUGCUCAAAUUGAAUAAUUAAAAUUAGAAAUAACUCAAUCUUAAUAAAUUUAAUCUAAAUUAGAUGAAUAGAUAAAAACAGUAGAAACUUUAAAUGCUGAAAUAACAUCAUUAAAAUAAUAGAUAACUAAAAAUUAAUAAGAUGCUGAUGGUAAAUUAAAAGCAAAAGAUCAGGAAAUAAAUACUUCUAAAUAACAAUUCAAUUAAAUAUAAUAAGAACAUAAUUAAUUGAAAUAAAAUCUAAUAGAAAAACCUAAACUCCUUUCUGAAUAGUAUUGUAAUGAAGUAUGGAAAUAGAUUGAAGAAAAAACAAAAAAGAAGAUUAAAAUGUCUAUACUUAUUUAUUAAGGAACAAAAGAUGGAAUGAAUCAUACAACUUCUUGGAGUAAAAUAAAUGGAAAAUAAAAUUUACUUUUUGUUUUUAAAUCUAAGAGUGGGAAUAUUUUUGGUGCUUAUUCUCCUUGUUAAUGGUUAUAAAAUAAAAAUAGUUAUGUAUAAGAUGAUACAUUAUCAUCAUUUCUAUUUACUCAGACUCAUAAUUAAUUUUAUCCUUUGAUAGAAGCUAACAAAGCCAAUGCUAUUUAUAGCCACUCAUCAUAUGGUCCAACUUUUGGUAGUAAUCAUGAUUUAUAUAUUGGUACUGACUUUUAAAGUGGAUCCUCAAAUAUAGGAGGAACAUAUAAGGUUGAUUAAUACAAUAUUGCUGACAAGACUAUUCACUUAUAUGGCUAAGCAACACCAAAUUUAGAAGAAUGUGAAAUAUUUGAGCUUAUUUUAAAAUGAUUAUUAUAUGGAAU